AUGAAAAAAAAUUACUAUAUAAUUACAGGAACCAUUGUAAGAGUAGCGUGUGGAAAGGGAUAUGGACUUAAUUUAGAACCGAAUGCAACCGCUAAAUGUGUUCGUGGCAGAUGGAAACCGGAGAAACCAAAAUGCGAAAUACAGCCAUGUCAUGUUCCUGCUACGGAGUACGGGAUUUACACAAUGCCGACUGAGUCUGGACACUUGAUGACAGCUAGUCAAGUUCUAGGCACACCCGGUAUAGGUCACGGAGACGAGAAGGAACUAAACGAAACAGACCCAAUACCUAACGGGCAGGUCAUUCAUUUCUCCUGUGAAUAUGGAUACAAUGUACAAGGUCCUACAAAUUUACGAUGUUGGUUAGGAGAAUGGGCUGUAACUAGUAUGCCAGAAUGCGUAGCAGCUCCAUGUGAACUACCUUUACUUCACGGCGCGACAUAUGAAGCUGGGUACAGAGCAGGCUUGACGGUAGCACAUGCCUCCUCCGUUAACAUAGCAUGUGAAGCUGGCAGGUCUCCUCCAGCAACGCUCAACUGCCAUCUAGGACGACUACAACCAACAGUACAUGACUUCUGCAGACCUCUUGCUAACUUAUCAAGACCACGACCGACAUCAGAAUAUCAAAGUGGUUCCGACAUCGUCCGCGAAGAUAUAUCUGAAUUGGAACCUGAUGUAGAUGGAAAAACUGUAACGGAUUGUGGACCUCCUGCUAGGGUUCAAGGCACUCUCAUAUACCGUGACGGAGCAGAAGUUAACGGAACCGUUAUUAUGGAAGGAUAUCCUCAUGGUACUGAGAUUACGUUCCGAUGCAUUGCUUCCAUAAUGGGUGAGAAGACCACGUGGAAACUGAUAUGUGAGCACGGAGACUGGGUCGGCAAGAGUUUCAAUUGCGAAGAAUUAGAGGCGCAAAGUGAAGAGCUACUGAAUAAUAACAGUUGUACGUUUAGGAACGAGGAACCUCACGUGGUAUCAUUCUUUAAUGACUUGGAGAUCACAGAAACCGUAGACUUUCCAGCUGGUGCUGUCAUAGUAUCGAGAUGCAGUGAUAUUGGGAAGUAUGCAAUGACAGGAUCACAAGCUCGAAAGUGUAUUGGAGGAUCCUGGGAUGGCGCUAAGCCAACAUGUUUCGGACUCAAUCAAGAAAACGAUUAUGCCAAAAAACCACCCACAAUCCUGUUCCGGCACUCCCAAGGGCCAAUCGCGCAGACCAAUGACGGGAAACUGCUGGUCUACCCAGGAACAGUGUUGCACAUGGAAUGUCUCUGGAUGCGGCGUUUUGGCAAUCCUAAAUGGAAUGUCACACAUUAUAUCCCUGAUCCUGAGCGCAAAUAUCCUGAAGGUUGGACAACGGAUCCUGGUCGCGAUAGCCAGCUAGAGUAUCGGCUAAGCAUUAUGGGUGCUGUCAAGGAAGACUCUGGUAUAUACCGCUGUGAGACACCUGCAAGGCAGAGCCAUCAGGUUGAAAUUAUUGUUGAAGAUGUACACUGCCCACCAUUGCCUAUUCGUCGUGGUCUAGUAGCCAACGGACUGGGGACACAGCUGGGUACGGAAAUACGAUUCUCGUGUGCUAAUGGGAACGCGCUACUCGGCGCCCAUACACUCGUCUGCAGGGCUUCUGGCAAUUGGUCUGCGCCGCUACCUGUCUGUGAAAGCGUGGAGUGUGGAGAAGUAGUCCAAGAUACGCCAUUAGGUGAGGGUGAGAGGAGACCACGCGUGGCGGUGGUGUCCCGCGGCGUGGGCGGUCGUGCCGCCUUCUCCUGCCCCGCGGGGUGGGCGCUCCGGGGCCCUUCAGAGACUGUCUGCUUGCCCGCCGCGGACUGGGCGAGACCAUUCCCUGUAUGCACAGAGGUAUCAUGUCCAGCUCUCUCGCCGCCUGCUUCAGGGUAUGUACUCGGUCGAGCCCCGUACAGAGCUGGAGAUGUGCUCCAGUUUCAUUGUAACCCUGAGCAUACACUACACGGCCGACCAAUUUUAGUAUGUCAAGACAGCGGCCGAUGGAGUGAUAAACCACCCACAUGUGCUCAAGCUUGUACUUACCCUGGCACCACGAUAUCAGGGAGAAUGUCUUCAGUGAAGUUCUAUUACAAGAUCGGAGAAACGGUCACAUUUACCUGCGAACCUGGUUACAAACUAAAAGGGGCGCCAAUGCUCCGAUGUCUUAAGAAUAGGAAAUGGUCAAACGCCAUUCCCCUCUGCGCGCCAAUCACAAACUUCACAUCAUCAGACUCCUUAGCUAUGCUGAAUGGUGACAUCGACGCCAUGUUGUCGGAUGCCGCCAUCUUCCCGACUGACGUUUUGAAAACGCGCGAAACGCCUGCCAUCUUGACACCAGAGAGUUAUAAAGCCGCGAUGACACGUGUCGCAGCAACAAGAUUACUGCGAAGAGCGCCCAUUGAAUUGUAUAAACACAGAAUUUCCAAAGUAAAUAAUUUGCUUAGAAGAGGCAACGAAAGAUAA